AUGGGGAUUUCGUUGAGUGCAAUUGUUGGAAAUGCCUUUGGUAUAUUCGCUCCUUACAUAGUUUUCCUUGGAACGGAAAUUGAUCCAUCUUAUCCUUACAAACUUUCAGCAGCUUUGGGACUUCUUGGUGUAGUGUGUGGGGUAUUUCUUCCUGAAACUCUAAACCAAAAGUUACCAGAAACUCUGGCAGAAGCAGCCGAGUUUGGAUGUGAUCAGGACUUCUGGGGAAAACGCAAGAAACGCAUGCAAAUAUCACAGGUCGAACUACCUCUCAAAGAGUAA